AUGGUUGGACCAAGAGGUAAUAGCUCCCCUUAUAACAAACGCAUUGGAAAUGUUGGCAGGGUUGUUAAACAAUCAUAUGGCUAUCCUUCAAUGAGCUCUCAACAACAUGCGGCGAUUGCUACCUCAUAUCAGAACCAAGUCCAGCAGCAACCUUCGUCCAAUAAUUCACCACACCCACAUUCAGAUGCUGCAGCCUCUAGUACCGGAGGAAAAUAUGGUGAUGAUAUAGAAGAAUUAGGAGGAUCCCGUGAUUUUAUUGAUGUUGUUUCUUUCCGUGAUACAGCAAUGGUCCGCUAUAUUCGAUACCAUGAAUGGAUGGAAUUAAUAUUAGGAACUGCUGUUGAUACUAAACAGUACGUUAAUGGUGCUAAGUCAACGACUGACAUUGAAGCUCGCGCAAAAUCUACAUACCUCGAUAAAGUUUCUCGUGAUGAUGAAUCAAUUUUUGAAAAAACAGAAGAAACCAGAAAAGCAAAAACCGCUUUUUUUCGUAAGGCAACAGAUACUUUAAAAGAUGAGUUUGGAUCUUUAUCAACUGUAACACUUGGGGAUAAAAAACGUACCACAACAGAGAAAUCGCUUGAAAAGGAACUUCGUGAAGACUAUGGAAUUGUGAUUGUUGAAAACGCUCGUGUUAGGCCAGUCCGAGCGGAUAUGGACAUCCCUGAAACCUUAACAAAAGAAUCAGUUGAAGCUAAAUACUCCGAUGCCACUUCUAAAUCAUCAGAAAACCCUUCGAAUUCUGGGGAAAUAGCAAAUGAAUCUUCAGCAAUUGCUGCUUCUGUUCCUUUAAGUGAUAUACCUACUACACUUCCUUUGGAUCCAAGCCAACAAGAUAUAUCGGAAAACGUUCCAGAAAAUAUUCCUACCUCUGUGACAACAGUAACUGAAUCUGUAAACAGUGGUACGAUUCCUGCUUCAAACAUUUUGUUACCAUCUAAAGACACAAUUAUACCUCCAGCUAGUGGAACGGAACCAAGUUUGAGUUCAGCAAUAGACACAAACUCCGCUUCCUUAGAAUCUAAUUUGACAAAAAAUGACACGGAAAAUAUUCCGCAACCAAAACUUAAUGAAGUUGGAGAAGCUGCAUCAAAUAUAACUAACGAGCCACCGAAUUCAACUGAUACAGAAAUGCCCGAUGUAAUCACAAACCCUUAA